ACCUGCGACGACCCUUCUGCAACGCCUCGAAGAUCUCUUUGAGCUCGUUCAUCGGCUUAGUUUCUCUGCUAACUGGAAGUGACGGUUUUCGCACCCUCGGUCCUCAGUUCCACUCAGACGCUGGUCCACCUCUCGGGAAGCGCUUUGCGAAUUCAACGUGUUGACCUUGAGCAUCGCCGACGGAUAGGAGGACGUUAUUGUGAUAAGGCUUAGGAAGACAAGGUGGACGGACGGAGCAUUGUGUGACUUUUCUUGUAUCCUCUUCCCUCUCGAACGCAAAGGACGCCGAAGAUACGUUCUCGCUGCUGACCCGCUAUGUCGCACUUUCCACCAGAGGCGGACGAGGCCCAGCGGGGCCAUUACAAUGAUGGAUACUCACCGUACCUCAGCUAUCCUGACCCCAAUUCUUAUCAUCAUACUCCAAGCCCCAAUUACGAGCAGGAGCAUCAAUCCUUCCAGCCCAUCCAUGCGGAUCCAUACGCAGGCCAGCCAGGAGGCUUCAUACCUCCCCAACAACAGUACCAGGACCCGUAUCAGUCCACGUUCUCCCAUCCACAUUCUCCACCUCCAGUGCACCCUGGCUCUCCUCCGCUCGACUACUCGAAUAACUUCAACCAUAAUCUUCUCGGUGACCCAAUUGCACCUCAACCGUCUCCAUACGAGCCGUCCACAGGGUUCCAAUUACAUGACGAUGGUGCAGUUGAUGAUCUUGGAGACACGGGCGACAUCCCCUUGCUGCGUCGCGACGGUCCCACAGGCGGCUCGAUGCCCAUGCCAGGCGAGUACGACCCCGUGGAGGGCGAUGACCGGUCAGAGAGCAAUAUCCGAUACGGGCGCAUCCCGCAGCGCGUGCCGCGGCGGUACAAGACGAUCAAGAAGGUCGAGCUCUUCCACGGGAACUUCGUGCUCGACUCGGCCGUGCCGACGAAAUUGCUGGGCAUGUGCGCGCUGCGCAACGAGCGCGAGUUCACGCACAUGCGCUACUCGGCUGCGACGUGCGACCCGAACGACUUCAAGGACUCGGGGUUCACGCUGAGGCAGGUGCACUAUGAUCCCCCGCGGAAGACGGAGCUGUUUAUCGUCAUGACGAUGUACAACGAGGAUGAGGAGCUGUUUUGCAGGACGAUGCACGGUGUCAUGAAGAACAUUGCGCACCUGUGCAAGCGGGAUAGGAGUAAAACGUGGGGGAAGGAGGGUUGGAAGAAGGUCGUGGUGUGCAUCGUGUCAGAUGGCCGGCAGAAGAUCAACUCGCGCACGCUGAGUGUUAUUGCCGCUAUGGGUGCGUACCAGGAUGGUGUGGCAAAGAACAUCGUGAACGGCAAGCCCGUGACCGCGCACAUAUACGAGUACACGACGCAGAUCUCGGUGACGCCGUCGAUGAAGCUCGAAGGCGCGGAGCGCGGGAUCGUCCCGGUGCAGAUCAUCUUUUGCCUGAAGGAGAUGAACCAGAAGAAGAUCAACUCGCAUCGAUGGUUCUUCAACGCUUUCGGCCCGAUCCUCCAGCCCAACGUCUGCGUCCUGCUCGAUGUGGGGACCAUGCCCGGUCCGACGUCCAUCUAUCACCUGUGGAAGGCGUUCGACAUCAACUCAAACGUCGGUGGCGCGUGCGGCGAGAUCGUCGCACUCAAGGGCAAGUAUGGGCAGAACCUGAUCAACCCCCUUGUCGCCGCGCAGAACUUCGAGUACAAGAUGUCGAACAUUCUCGACAAGCCGCUCGAGUCCGUCUUUGGGUACAUAACCGUCCUGCCUGGCGCGUUCAGCGCGUAUAGGUACUUUGCGCUGCAGAACGAUUCCACUGGGGAAGGCCCGCUCCAGAAGUACUUCUUGGGCGAGAAGAUGCACGGAGCUGGCGCGGAUAUCUUCACUGCGAACAUGUACCUUGCCGAGGAUCGUAUUUUGUGCUGGGAGCUCGUGUCGAAGCGCAACCAGAGCUGGAUCCUGCACUACGUCAAGUCUGCGUAUGCCGUCACGGACGUGCCUGAUCAGGUUCCGGAACUCAUUAGUCAGCGACGUCGCUGGCUGAACGGUUCGUUCUUCGCGGCAAUCCACAGUACCGUGAAGUUCCAUUACAUUUACCGGUCUUCGCAUUCGUUCAUGAGAAAAUUCUGGAUCCAUGUUGAGCUGCUCUACCAGACCUUCAACCUGUUCUUCUCAUGGUUUGCCCUAGGCAAUUACUACAUCUCGUUCACAAUCCUGAGCGAGUCGUUGGAGGACCCGUCGUUUAACCUCAAGGGCGUCCACAUCGCGAACCUCAUAUUGAACUACUUUUACCUUGGCCUGCUCAUCAUGUGCUUCAUUCUUGCGCUCGGGAACCGGCCUCAGGGCGCGAAGUGGUUCUUCACGACGGCAUUCAUCGGGUUCGCGUUGAUUACGGUAUACAUGACGGUUGCUGCGUUCUUCCUGGCGUUCAAGGGCAUUGAGAACGUCGUCAAGACCAACGGACCCCUAACGCCAAAUUCGCUCUUCACAAAUUCGAUCUUCCGCAACAUCGUCAUCUCGCUGCUUGCGACACUCGGUCUAUAUAUUCUGGCUUCUCUCAUUUUCUUCGAGCCAUGGCACAUGAUCACGUCGUUCGUUCAGUAUCUGCUCAUGGCGCCUUCAUACAUCUCGGUCCUCAACGUCUACGCUUUCGCGAACGUUCACGACGUCUCGUGGGGUACGAAGGGAGACAACAAGAUAUCAACUGACCUGGGCGUCGUCAAGACCGCCGGGAACAAGAACGAAGUCGAGGUUGUAGUGCCUACCGCGGAGACGGACAUCAAUGCGGCGUAUGAGGACGCGAUCCAUAUGCUGUCCACUAAGCCGCCCAAGCAGGAGUCCAAGCCCGAUCCGCAGACGCAGCAGGAAGACUACUACAAGAGUUUCAGGACGAAGGUGCUCCUCUGGUGGACGCUCUCCAACGCUCUACUCGCAGCGAUCAUUGUCACCGCAACAGGCAAAGCGUCCGACAAAGGCGCGCACAACACUGUCAACGGCUACAUGGCGUUCAUCCUCUUCUCCGUCGCCGGUCUCGCGCUCAUUCGGUUCAUCGGUUCGACAACGUACAUGCUUAUCCGUCUCUUCGCCGGCGAAUAAGGGGCUCGAUGCACGCAGGUACAGACAGGUACGCUUCCCACUGACGUCUGUCAGUCGUCAGGACUGGCACGCUGUUGCAUGGACGUUUUGCACGCUCUUCUCCGCUCGGACUCUGGCUUCUUUCUGUGUCUCUUUCCUCGUGUUUCGAUUGCUGUUCCGAGCUACGAACAAUCAUGAAGUAACGUUACAAGUGGUGCUACAUCUGCUUCUGCUAUCGAUACCCUGUGUGCUUGACUAGCUAUUAUUAGUGGUAUACAGUAGGAGGGUGCUGUCAUAAGAAUAUCGACGAUCAUAUCUCACAUUGAACUACCUCACCGAGAGCAAACGACUACGGCCAUGACGAAAUCAUGCGGGACCCGAAUAUAUGACGAAAAAAAUACAAGGGAACCAUUUCGAAAUCCGAAGCGAAAGGGAGCAUGAGUGGCGGGGAGAUAGGACGAUACGCCGUACUGUCGCGCCACAACGCCGGGAAUGGGUAUCGAGCGUCGUGUCAAGAUAGAGUUGGCCUAAGGGCUGGCGUCGAGGGGAUUGUGGCCUAUCGCAGGCCUCGGCCUGCCAAAGCCCCGAAUUGGCCGUACUCAGCGGUCAGCUUGUCAUGAUGAACGCUUUGCCUUCGACCGCUUCGGAACGAGUAGGAGGACAGCGUCCUCGUCCUCUGACGUCGGAUAACGCGCGAGGGUUAAUGUACGCGAGGCGGGCGACGACGUUGCGGACAUCAUGGCUAGUGCCCCGGGCGCGGCGGUCGAGAUUUGUCUUUGUUGCGUAAUGCGCAACGCCGAGUUGAGCUUGGCUUCGCUCGCGCCCUUUGUCCUGCCGAGGUUGCCGUAGUGGACCAUGUCGUUCGUGACCAUGGUCAUCGUGGGGAAGGCAGACAAUGAAUGCGCCAGGCUCGGCAGCGCCGCGAUGCUGGGCGUUGCGGGAAGUGGCCCAGGCGUGCGCGAGCUCG